AUGGCUGGUGAGGGUGCAUCUCCAAAGAACCCACCUGAGGAUGUUGAGGAUGUGAAUGGAGAUGGGGCAGAAGGUUCUGAUCAUUCUCCUGUGCCAGCCACACCGAAGAAGCCAGCUUCAAAGGUGGCCAAGACCCCAAUGAAGGCUAAGGCAAAGGCUAAGGCCAAGGGGUCACCUGUGGCAUCACCUAGGGCUUCACCUAGGGGGUCACCCAAGGCAAAAGCCAAGAGUGUCAUGAAGAAGUCAAAGACUAUGAAAAGGCCUGCAGCCAGCACAGCUCAGGGAAAGAAUGUGCCUCUCAAGAGGCCUGCGUCCAAGGCAGGAAGCAAGAAGGCAGAGGCCAGCAAAGACGAAGGGGACCUGGACAUGGAAGAUCCAGAAGAAGAGCAUGAAUUCGAGCAAGACACAGAGAUUGACUUCCCAGAAGAUGAGGGAAAGAAAACAGAUCGAUCCAAGAAGCAAAAAUUUUUGCAGAUGGUUUCCAACAAGGAACUCCCAGAGUACAUUCUGAAGGAGUGGGAAAGGAGCAAGGGUUUGAAGUCAGGGCGCACUGAGAUUCAGCGCAAUCUCAUCAACUCGAUCUUUGACAGAACCUCGGCAGGAAAGCUUCUCCUGUCAUUGGCCAAGCCCCAGUUUGAAACCUUGAAGGAAAGCUACAAGGAUACCUGCUCCAUUCAGAGCAACCGAGCACUUAGCAAGACACUCUUUAUGGGAAAAUUCAAUCUCAACAAAGAGCUUUUCCAGGAGGGACUGGAGGUAGGUGACUUUUUCGAAAACGAAGAUGAGAGUGGAAAGAAGACCUACAGCUGGGUGGAGAAAAACCAACAGACCAAAGUUGGCGACCUUACCAAGUUUGGUUCCAAAGCAGCCAUGGAGGUGAGCUCACAGGAUGCUGUGAAGCUUCACAGCAUAUCCAAGAACUGGAAGCAAGGCCUGUUCAAGUCCAUUGCUGGUGCCUCCUCCGGCUCCAGGGCUCUUGGGCCGCCUGCCCUUAUGGAUGCCAAUGCCCCUUUGACGCAGGUGCAGUGGAAGGAUGCUCUGGUCCAGCUUGAGGAAUGCAUGAGUGCAUUCGACAAAUGCGAGAAGGAAGCCCUCAAGAGCUUGCAGCUCAUUGGGGUCGAGAAGGCACUCUUGGGAAAAAUUCGCUCAUGCCGAUCCAACUUGCGCCACAUGUAUGAAUGGAAAGAGUAUGAGGACAACACCAAGGUGACUGCAGAGACCUAUGAUGAGACCAUGCUUGCUGCUGGGAAGACGGCUGAAGAAGUUGACGAAGAGUUGGCUGCAGUGAAGGGAGCUCUGAACAAAAGAGCCCAGAGAGCCAAGGCUACUAAGUAG